AUGGCCUCGAUUCGCAUAGCUCCCUCGCGUGCCCAGCGAGCCGUCAGCCUCCUGCGAACCAUCAACUCCGGGAGCAGCACCUGCCCUUGCCAUUCCAAUCCAGGAGCCCACGAUCAUCACCAUGGCCACAUUCAAAACCCAUACGCAGGCCGCGUGCGAUCACUCGCCACACCCGCAGACCCGAGCCAGCAGAAGGAAUAUGCCUUUGAAAUGGCCGCUUCUAGCAUUCGCUUCGGACCAGGAUGCACCAAGGAGGUCGGGAUGGACUUUGCCAACCUUGGCGCGAAGAAGGUCAUGGUCGUGACGGACUCUGUUGUGGAGAAGCUCGAUGCUAUGAAGCAGGUCUCGGAAGGCCUGGAGAAGGAGGGUAUUCAGUUCGAGGUGUAUAACAAGGUCCGCGUGGAGCCGAAAGACUACUCGUAUGUUCAGAACAGGAACUUCUAGAAAACUGCUUGCUAACGAUUCACAGGAUACGAGAAGCAAUCGACUACGCAAAGCCAUAUGCACCAGACGCAUUCCUCGCAGUCGGUGGCGGUAGUGUCAUGGACACAGCAAAGCUGAUGAAUCUCUACACCACCUUCCCCAAUGCCGAAUUUCUGGACUUCGUCAACGCACCCAUUGGCAAAGGACAGCCCAUCACUGCCAAACUGAAGCCUCUCAUCGCCGUCCCCACCACCGCCGGCACUGGCUCAGAGACCACCGGCACAGCCAUCUUCGACCUGGUAGACAAGAAAGCCAAGACCGGAAUCGCCCACCGCAACCUGAAGCCCACCCUGGGAAUCUGCGACCCCAUCAACACCCGCACCAUGCCCUCCGCCGUCCACGCCUCCUCCGGCCUCGACGUCCUCUGCCACAGCCUCGAAUCCUGGACCGCAAUCCCCUACAACGAACGCAUCCCCCGCCCCCAGAACCCCAUCAACCGCCCGGCCUACCAAGGCGCCAACCCCAUCAGCGACAUCUUCUCCCUGCAAGCCCUCCGCGACACCGUCAAAUACCUGCCCCGCGCCGUCAAGGACCCCGACGACUGGGAGGCCCAAUCCAAGAUGCUCCUCGCCGCCACCCUCGCCGGGGUCGGCUUCGGCAACGCAGGCGUCCACCUCUGCCACGGAAUGUCCUACCCCAUCUCCUCCCAAAACCCCGGCUACCAGCACGCCGGCUACCACGUCACCACCCCCAUCAUCCCCCACGGCGUCUCCGUCGCCGUGACCGCGCCCGCCGUCUUCAAAUUCACCGGCGCCUCGAACCCGGAACGUCACCUGGCGGCGGCGGAAUGCUUCGGCGUCGACGUCUCCAACGCCAAGAAAGAAAGCGCCGGUGAGAUCCUCUCCGAGGCCCUCGCCCGAUUCCUCGUCGAUCUCGGCGAUCAGCCUCGAGGUCUCAAAGCGCUCGGUUUCCGCAGCAGUCAUGUCGAUACGCUCGUCGAAGGCACGAUCCCGCAGGCGCGAGUCUUGAUGUUGGCGCCGAAUCUGGAUACGAAUGGUGGACAGGAAGAGAGGGAACAGUUGCGGAAUUUGUUUGAGGAUGCGAUGGAGUACUAA